AGAGAGAGAUGGAUUCUCCAUUUUGCAACCUUCCAGAUGAUAUGAUCAAAAGAACCCUUGCUGCAUUGCCUGUGAAGUCCAUCUUUAAAUUCAAGACCGUAUGCAAAUCAUGGAAAAGGUUACUCUCCUCUCAUCACUUUUCCAUGAUCCAUUCAAUCUCUAAUUUCAAAUAUUUUGCUCUCUUUGUCCAUCAUAUCGACGAUGAGCCCCAAUUGGUCUAUGUCGAUGCUGGCGACAUCACCAGUCCUUCAUGCUAUAACAAAACAGAGUUUCAGGAUCAGGACCUCAGAUUGGUGGCCUGCAAUAGUGGCAUGGUGUGCUGCAUGUUAGAUUCGGAUAGCGGCUAUUACUUUGCUGUUGGGAAUCCCAUAAUCGAAAAGGAGUUCAUCCCUCUAACAACACUCGAACUUCAAGUGCUUGAUUUUGGAUUUUUCUUUGACCCCAUUACGCAAAACUUCAAGAUAUUAGUAAAAUUCAAUGCUGACAUAGAUCCCGAUACCCAUUGUUCUAUUGCCUUUAUUAUGUUUGAUUCAUCGAUUGGGAGAUGGAGGUCACCGAGAAAUCUAAAACAGAUUCAACUCUAUGACCUGUCGUUGUCAGUUUGCAUUGGUACCGAUUGCUAUGGAGUUUCUUUAGACAGACAAAGUACACGUAUCCUAACGAGUUUUGACAUGGUGAGAGAGGAAUGCAAAACAGUCCAUACUCCAGUAAGGCUUGAGGAUGAUUGCUUUUACACAAUCCAUGAGAGGGAUGGCAGUCUCUGUCUAAUUCAAGUCACAAGACAUGUGCAAGCACGAGCACGGAUUUGGAUUUUAUAUGAAGAUAUGGAGUGGAUGCCUGUCGUGACAGCUGAUUUGAAGCAGUUGGGCUUGAAUAAGUUGGCGCAACUGGGGUUAGGGCUCAAUGAUUUUUUCUUGAGUCCGGAAAUUUGGAUCGGUGACACAUUAUUUUUGGGCGUUCAUGUGACAGAUGAGGUACUUUUGAGGAGUUCACGUAGCUGGAACUUGCACGUUGAUUAUGAUAUAAAGAGUGGUCAGUUAGGGAAAAUGGUCACUGAUGUUGAUAUCCGCUCUGUUGUAAUGUAUCAGCCCUCCAUAUUCACUUGCAAGAUGGAAAAGAAUGGGAUCUGUAAUUUUCAAUAUUUCUCCCUCUUUAUCCAUUAUAUAAACGAUGAUCCCCAACUGGUUUAUGCUGAUGCUGAUGGCAUUACCUGUCCUUCAUCCUAUAACAAAAUGAAGUUUCAGCAUCAAGAUCUAAGAUGGUUGGCCUGCAACAAUGGCAUCGUGUGCUGCAUGUUAGAUUCUGAUAGGGGUUAUUACUUUGCUGUAGGGAAUCCCAUAACCGAAAAGGUGUUCAUCCCUCUAAAAAAAUUUAAACCUCAAGUGCUUGAUUUUGGAUUUUUCUUUGAUCCCAUUACACAAAAUUUCAAGAUAUUAGUAAAAUUAAAUGCUGAUAUGGAUCCCAAUACCCAUUGUUCUAGGGUCUAUAUUAUAUUUGAUUCAUCAAUUUGGAGAUGGAAGGCACCAAGAAAAAAAAAACAAAUUCAACGGUAUGACCUAUCGAUGUCAGUUUGCAUUGGCACCAAUUGCUAUGGAGUUUCUUUAGACAGAAACCAAAGACGUGUCCUAACGAGUUUUGACAUGGUUAGUGAGGAAUGCAGGACAAUCCAUACUCCAGUAACGCUUGUGGAUGACUGCUCUUAUAAAAUUCAAGAGAGGGAUGGUGGGCUGUGUCUAAUACAGGUAGCAAGAGAUGAGCAAGCACUGACACAGAUUUGGGUUUCAUUUGAAGAGACGGAAUGGGUGCCUAUGAUGAAAGCUAACUUGAUGCACUUGGGUUUAAACAAUUUGGAGAAACUGGGAUUGGGUUUUAAUGAGUUUUCAUUGUAUCCAGAACUUUGGAUCGGUGACACACUAUUUUUGGGUGUGUGUGUUACAGAGGAAGUACUUUUGAGGAGUUCACGUAGCUGGAACUUACACGUGGAUUAUGAUAUAAAGAGUGGCCAGUUAGGUAAAAUGGUCACUGAUGCUGACAUUGGCUGCAUUGUGAUGUAUCAGCCAACCCUAUUCACCUGCAAGAUGGAAAAGAGACAGAAACUUCGGUAGUCAAAAUGGUUCUCUUAUGGGGGGUGAGAGGAGGGAGGAAGCAACAUAUAUUAAGGGCAUCUGAGGGAGGUAAGGGCAUCUGAGGGAGGUAUGAAGCAGGCUGACAAUUAUAGGUGCAAGGGAAGAAGAAAUGUGCAGAACAGAGUGUUGCUGGUUGAGGAUGCCACAAAGGCGAAAAACUUACCGAUAAGAAAUUUGAACUGUCGCAAUGACUAAAUUAAAUUUGUUUCCAUAAUUGAUAUGGACUAAGUUUAAGUUCAAGAGUAGAGUAGAUAGCCAUUUAGUUCCUGCUUUUUAUAGUUAAACCUGUUUGUUUGAACUAUCUUGGUCAUUACUA